AUGUGUCGCUGCGCGCUUCUCCCAAAGGUGCUGGGCCCUAAAGUGAGGCGGGCUCAAGUCUUUCUGUCAUGCAAUGCCGGCCUUUUUGGCCCAGAAUGGAGUAGUCUUGGCAAUUACACAACAGCGACAAAACUUCUUGAUCCGAGUCCAUCAAAAGAUGCCAUCAUAGAUGUUGUUGCUAUCCACGGCCUCUGGGGCCAUAGUAAAGAAACUUGGGGAACACGCAGUGACCCUAGCGGCAUGUGGCUCCGCUCUGCAUUUGGCACAGGAAAGUCUUGCAGGUUGAUAUUGUUUGGGUAUCAUUCGAGUGAAAAUACAUUUAAUGGUGUCUAUGAAAUGGCGGAGACACUUCUUUCCAAACUCCUCGAGCUUCGGGGUCAAGAGAUCGAGGUGAGUUUGCUCCAGGAUGAAGACACUGAUCCCGAUACGAAAGCUGACGAGAAGUUCAUCUUGGAGACCGCCAGACGCCCAAUCAUCUUCAUAUCCCACGACUUGGGAGGCCUAAUUGUCAAAUCAUGUCUUGUACUCGCACAUUCGAAGGCAAAGUAUGCCGACAUCUUGGGAUCUACCCGAGUGCUUAUCAAUGAAGAAUUUCUCCACACGGGAGUGCUCAUGCAGACAAUCCAACUCAACGCGUACUCCACGAAGCCGGAUAUUUCAGAUCAGCUUUUCGACAAAUUCACCGCAACGCUUGGCAUCGACGGUGAGCUUCGAGUUGGCGUCGACGCCAGCCAUCAGCUCAUGACGCAGGGAAUCUCAUCGGACGAAACCCCAUUCGAGGGCAAGGUGGAUGAGGACUGGUUCGCACCACCAAUAUAUCCUCCUCGCAACGACAAAGUACUGAACAAGGGCGCGGAGACCCUACGCACGGUACUGAAAAACGAUUCAUCGACGUGGAACCAUAUUCACCAUUUGAGGUGCAAAGAAGGGGCUAUAGAACCAAUUGCGGAGCAAUGCCGCAACUUUCUAGAUGGAGAAAAGGCAGUUUACCGGUUUCUCCACUAUUUCCGCUUCAACUCACAUGACGUUCGAUCCAACUCGCUUCGACCUUUUCACUGGUCUUCUGAAGACCUCCUUGCCUGCUGGAAGGCCACAAGAACUGCUCGUCCCUUGCAAGAUGCUAUAUACGUAUUGGCAGGCUUCGAUGAGUGCGAGCAGGCCGAGUCCCUAUGGCUGCUUAACGAAUUCGAAGAAACGAGACAGCGUUCCGAAGAGCCCCUGAAGAUCGUGCUCCUAACUACUGCCGGCACAACGCAAGAUAGUCGGAUUGGCGAAGCACUUUCUCAGAUGCCUGCGGAGGUCGUCACCACAAUUGACUAUUCUUGCGAAAGCCUUGAUGCUGUCGAAGCUGACAUCGAGGUCUUUGAUCUGUUGAAGGAGGAUCCCCGAUACAAUGGCCGAUCAAUCUCACAAAAAGUGAAGCGUCUGAUUUCGUCAUUAGAAGAGGACAAGGAUCUUGCUCAUUUACUCACCAAGUUUUUGCACUCGCACUUGGGGAAAUGGCUCAUGAGAACCGACCCUGGGCCAAAACUAUCUUAUCCUGCACUGACGCCGAACAACGAUCAUUUGAUCAAGAACAUCCAUUGGUACGAUAUCUUGGACACGUGUCUCGUUUACCUGCGGCGUCUUCCUGAGUUCGAAACACCCGGCGAAUCGUUCCCUUACGCCGUUCAGCACUGGAUUCAUCACUACAAGCUUGCGGAUGGCUUUGCGGGCGACCUUGAAAGGAUCAUGGAAGAGGUUUUUAAUCAUGAGAAGGUCCUGAAUCUCUGGAUUACUUCCUACAGAGCCUUGCCCACACCUCCUCUGAAGCCACUAACAGAUCGUGCUGAGCCUUUGGUCAUUGCAGCACACUUCGGCCUCGACACUAUUAUUCGACAACUAUCAGACAGCGGCUCAUACGAGCCCGAGGUGUGGGGGAGGGCACUGCUGGAGUCUGUGAAGGUGGCAGAAUUGUCAACUGUUCGGCUUCUGUUUGGCUCAAUGUCGUUUUCCUUCGGACUUAACAACCACAUUUUUCACGAUAUAGUCUUGGCAGCAUCCGACCGAGGACGACGGGAAAUUCUAAUGGAGGUGGUCAGGCGCAUCCCAAAACCACCAAAACCAGCUCCACACUUGAAGUCCUUGAGGGCGAAGGGUCGCACAGUCGCAAGUGAUAAUGACGCUGAGAGGGUCGAUGACAAAUCUGCGUCAAAGAGUGAACGCCGUGCGGAUCCUGCAAAUGCCAUCGCAGAUGAGAGCGACCAAUCUCACCUCGGCAUGGCCGACAAGGAUACCGAGCAAGACAAGUCAACAACCUUCUACUGGAUCGAUCAUGCGCUUUGCCAAGCGUCAAAGUUCGGAUACAGGGAGGCCGUCAUCUUGCUUCUAGACCUCGGCGCCAAUCCCAACUCCAUAAUACGGUUAGAACAAAAGACUCAGUCAGCUUUGACGGGGGCCUGCGCCAGAGGUCAUGCAGACGUCGUUGAGAUUCUGCUUGACCAUGGAGCCGACUUGGAGAUGAGAGCAGGAGAGGUCAGCAAUCCCCGUACUCCGCUAUUUAUAGCCUGCACCUGGGGCAGUGUGGAAGUCGUGAGGCUUCUCUUGCAAGGCGGGGCGUCGUUAGAGGCCAAGGACACUGAAAAUUGGACUCCACUACACGCAGCUUGCAUAUGGGGCGCCUUCGCAUGUAUUGACGUUCUUCUGGAGCACAAGAAGCUUGACGACUAUUCUACAUCAGAAAUUAUCGCGCCCUUACCACUUGCAGUCGAUGCCGGCAAGUACAAGGUCGCGAAGACGCUGCUCCGGCAUGGGUUAGACCCCAACAGCCACGACGCCGUCGGAUGUGCUUUAUGGUACGCUGUGAAGAUGGAUCGCGUAGAUCUUUGCAAGCUUCUGCUGGAAAACAAGGCCGACCCUAAUGCAAGUUCCGAGAAAUCGGCGCCGCCAUUAGUCCAGGCCAUGAUGGCUGGUAACAUGGAGAUCGUUGAAAUGCUGGUCGAAAGUGGAGCAGACUUAGAAAAGCCGGGAACGUUGGACGCUUUCCAUGGGUCCCCAUUAUUGAUGGCAGUGAUAUGGGCCGGAACGAGAAAUUCGAAGAACAUACAGAUUAUUCGAUAUCUGUUGGAGAAGAAAGCAGAUCCCAACGUUACCGAUAAGGAUGGAUGGGCUCCGCUCUGGCUUGCGGCGUGGUGGAGGGACGAGGAGACAGUGCGUAUUCUGUGCCGAGCUCAAGCAGAUGUAAACAUGGUAUGCAAUCAGCGCACACCUUUGCACGCUGCUAUCGGACGAUCAAAGGUCGAUCUUGAAGUGGUCCGCGCCUUACUAGACCAUGAUGCGGAUGUCAACACAUUCAUUGAAGGACAAGGAACUCCGCUGUCUUCGGCAAUUAGACUCGGCCGCGUGGAGAUGAUUAAGAUGAUCCUUAAUCAUGAUAAAGCCAAACCAGGCAUGACACAUCCGUCCUUCAGAUCUGCCGUGCUCGAUGCUACUGGCGGAAAUCGAGAAGGGAUUCACGAGAUCCUGGCAUCGCUUCUCGAAGCUGGAGCAGAUGUCGACAUGCGAGAUGCAUCCGAACGGACCCUUCUCAUGCACGCCAUGGGUGCAAGCCCCGCAGCAGUCCGCACGAUCCUCCAGUAUCAGCCCAAUUUGCAGGCAAGAGACCUGGAAAUGAACACAGUGUUGACGUGCGUCGCUUCUACGACCACGGUCGAAGUGGUGAAUCUGAUAAUUCGUUGCGGUGGGAGGCUCGAUGUGGAAAAUAAAAUCAAGGACACGCCCCUUAUUUCAGCCGUAAGAGUCCAGAAUAUGGACGUCUUGCAGUUUCUGCUGACCAAGGAUCCCAUAAGCGCAAAUAUCAAUACGCAAGGCGUGGAUGGGCCGCCACUACAUCUUGCCUGCCAGAACGAUGAUCUACUUGCUGCAAACCUUCUCAUCGAACACAAGGCCGAUAUCGACUAUGUCAUGGAAAGCUCGAGUUGCGUCUCUGGAACAGCCAUAAUGGGAGCGAUCAUCUACAAAUCUGGGACAUGCGCCAGAAUGUUGAUUGAGAGAGGGGCAAACGUGCAGUCUCCAUCGGGUUACUACCGCUAUCCUAUCAUCGCAGCGAGCCUGGCGUUCAUAGAUGUCGAAUUUAUCAAGCUACUUCUCCGUCAGCCUGGGGUCUCAAUAGACGUGGCCGACACCCUAGGCAGAAAGCCUGCACAUCUAGCUUGCGCCAACAGCUUAGACUUGUUCAACGAGCUCCAAGUGCCAGACGAGGAUCUUGCUUUGAAGGACUGCGUUGGCCGAUAUCCGCUUCACUACGCUUGUUUAAGCGGUGAUUCUGCCCUUGUCGAAGAGGUCCUUGAGCGGUCCAAACGCGUCGGGGUCGAUAUAAACGCCAGGGACGAAGAUGGUUGGACGCCUCUUAUGUGGGCAGCUAGAGCUUGUGAUACCUGGGCACACAGUGAUCCUCCUCCCAAUCACCAUGAUACGAUCAAGCUCUUUCUCCUCAGGGGCGCUGACCCCGCACUGGAGGCUGAGGUUGUUAAUUCCGAGACCCCUACUGAGAAAGAACAACUGACACCCGCUAAGAUCGCCUGGUACCACCAAGCGGAUGCCUCGAUAAUAAGCCUCCUCAACCAAAGCGUUUCUCCCGAGCGUGAGAGUCUUCCAGUAACGCACAGAGUCGGUGAUCCUGCAACGGACUCUAAUGGGGGCAAGCUAUACUGUGACUGUUGUUUGGUUAGAUGCUACGGGAUCUUCUUCACAUGCGCAGAUUGCCGACCGAGACUUGACCUAUGCUUCAAGUGCUCCCGCUCCAGGGCAAAAAUCCACCCAGUCCACGAGAUGGUACAGACCGGCAGCACCUCGACGUCUGAGAACCUACUAGGCGACGCAGCAUCGAAAGAAGAGACCUCAGCUGCUGAAGAAAUCGCUACUGUCGGCGACAAAGGGACGUCUUAUAAUUUUGACGACGAAAUCCUCGACCUCGCUGCAACACUAGACACUUUUAGCUCGGGCUCAAGUGUGGGAAGUCAAGAGGAGUAG